AUGGAUGGGAGGUUCACCCGGGUGCUCUGCGUGCUCUGCCUGGCCAUCACGGUCCGAGCGGUUACCCAGGAAGGGUUCAAGGAGGUGUUGCUGAAGCAGCUGGGGCUCUCUGAGGUCCCUAAACUUCAUAAAAGAGACUUGGUGGAUCUGGUUAUCCCAGACCACAUAAAGAACAAAUACAUCUCCAUGCUGAAGCGCCACAGGGUGAAGCGCCGAGCUCUGCCGAGCCUGGCCGGCAUCCUCAGGGGGAUCCCUGGCACCGCAGGCGUGGCAGGAGAAGUCCUCUACUCUGACAUCGCCACACGCCAGAACCUCAUCUUUGACAUGGAGGGCAGAAUACCAAAAAACAGUGAAGUGACAGUAGCUGAACUGAAACUCUUCAAAAAGCCUCUGGACAGGGCAAACCUGCCUGCCAGGCAGCCUCACAGGCCCGUCUCCAACGCCAGAGUCAGCGUGUACUGGGUGCAACGGCAGCACGACGGCACCAACAGGACCUCCCUGAUAGACUCCAGGCUGGUUCCUAUACGCGAGUCGGGCUGGAAGAACUUUGAUGUGACGCAGGCUGUGCAUUACUGGCUGCGAAACAAGAGGCGGGAGCCCAUGUUCCUGGAGGUCUGGAUUGAAGGAGAAAGGAUUGGCAGCCACGCUUCGGAAAUGGCCAAAGCUGUGCGUUUCACCUCCCAGGACCCUAAGGAUAAAGCCCUGGGCAAACCUGAACUCGUGCUUUACACCCUCAACUUGGAAGACUAUGGGGGCCCUGGGGACUGCAAGGAGGAGGCGGUGACAGGGAAGUCCACCUGCUGCCGGCAGAAACACUACGUCAACUUCCGCGAGCUCACCUGGACGCAGUACUGGAUCAUCGAGCCGGCAGGGUACCAGGCGUACCGGUGCACGGGGGGCUGCCGGCAGCCCCCCAGCCCGCUGCGGCACUUGGGCUACAGGGAGCGCGCCUGCGCCGUGACGGAGAGCUCCCCUCUCCCCAUGAUGUACCUCGUCAAGAGGGGCAACCGCACCGAGAUCGAAGCGGCCGAGUUUCCCAACAUGAUUGUCGAGAGGUGCAGCUGCGUCACGGACGGCAUGGCGCUGGUGUGA